AUGAAAACCUCUGCUCUCGUGCUCGCACUCGCUGGUGCAAGUGCCCCUUUUGUCGCAGCGGAAGACUGCACAGCGGAUGACCUCAAGGCGAUCGCGAGCGCCUACAGUACGGCAUUGGAUGGAUCGUGUCCCGACUUGGCAAAGAUGACGGAAGGGACCGAAUAUUGCAAGUCCACCGACUGCCUCCAGUUCCUGUCCGACAUGAUCGAGAAGCUGCCCGACUGCUCGACCAGCGGCGUGAACGUCCAGAAAAGCGUCCAAGCGGCGGUGACCAUCUGCGAGACUGGAAGCGCUGACACUUCGGGGAUUAUCACAAACUCGACGUCGAAUUCGACGUCGGGCCUAAAGGAUUCAGCGGCCUCGUCUUCUGCGGCCUCGAAGACGAGCGACAACGCUACUGGUGAUACGUCUGCGUCUGCUUCGGCCACGUCGUCUGCAACGCUAUCGUCGUUGGCGGUCGCUAUCUCAAGCGCUUCGGUUGCAGUGAUCCUUUUUGCAGUGCUGUAG